UUAUUGACUCAAGUAAAUAUUUGUUUUAAAAAUUAUAAAUUUGCGUGGCAACGGCAACUGUUUGCCGAUUUUGUGUUAUACCUAAAAGAAGAAGCGAAGAUCAGUAACUGCAACGAAUGCCAUAGAUUGUGGCAACGGGAAAUGUUAUGUGAGUAGCGCGACCUUUGCUUGUCCGGUCGAAGAUAAGGGUCAGCUGAUCUCCAAAAUUCACCAAAUAUUUGCUUGCUAAGUAUUUUCCGCAGUUAAGUAUAUCCCGAAGAUGUCGUGGUUCUCUAGCGUCGAAUUGGGCCCGCCCAUUGAAGUGUUUGAGCUGACGAAACAGUUUACAGAGGACAGCUUUCCGCAAAAAGCAAAUUUAGGUGUAGGUGCUUAUCGUACUGAAGAGGGUAAGCCGUGGGUCUUGCCCGUGGUCAGAACCGCGGAAAAAGCAUUGGCCAAUGAUGAAACGCUUAACAAAGAGUACUUACCUGUUCUCGGAAUGGAUGCAUUGAGUCAGGCUUCAGUGAACAUGCUUUUGGGGGAAAAUAGUGCUGCGGUACAAGAAAAUAAAGCGUUUGGUGUUCAGACACUUUCUGGAACGGGUGCUCUAAGAGUCGGAGCUGAGUUUCUGGCAAGGCCAUUAGGCAAAACUGUGUUUUAUUUCUCAAAACCAACAUGGGAGAACCAUAGGCUGCUUUUCCUUAAUGCUGGAUUCAAGGAACCCAGAGAGUACCGGUAUUGGAAUGCCGCCACUCGCGGUUUGGAUAUAGAGGGUUUGUUGGAGGACUUGCAAAAUGCGCCAGAGGGCGCUGUCAUUAUAUUACACGCAUGUGCACAUAAUCCGACCGGAUGUGACCCCACGCAAGAUCAGUGGGCAAAAAUCGCACAGGUUGUUAAAGCCAAGAAGCUGUUUCCUUUCUUUGAUUCUGCCUACCAAGGUUUUGCAUCAGGCGAUUUGGAUAAGGACGCAUGGGCUGUGAGAUAUUUUGUGUCCCAGGGCUUCGAGCUCUUCUGUGCUCAAUCUUAUGCCAAAAAUUUCGGGUUGUAUAACGAAAGAAUCGGGAAUUUAACAGUAGUAAUGAAUAAUCCAAAUGAGAUUGCAGCGGUGAAAUCGCAAUUCACUCUAAUAGUCAGGGGCAUGUAUUCUAAUCCUCCUAGCCACGGAAGCAGGAUUGUCGCAUAUGUGCUACAGAAUAAAGAUUUGUUUAACCAGUGGCGGGAAAAUAUCAAGACAAUGUCGUCGAGGAUCAUCAAGAUGCGUCAACGUUUACGUGAAGAACUGGAACGUUUAGGUGCGCCGGGUACUUGGAACCACAUAACUGAGCAAAUAGGGAUGUUCUCCUAUACCGGAUUGAACGAAUUGCAGUCUGAGCAUAUGGUCAAGAAACACCACAUUUAUAUGUUGCGCUCUGGCAGAAUUAGCAUGUGUGGAGUGACCCCCACUAAUGUGGAUUAUGUAGCAAAGAGCAUUUACGAGACUUUGACUACAGUACCCUCAAAAUAUUAACAUUUCAAUUUUUUUUGUAUAUAUGUAUAAAACUGUGUUGUUGUAGGAAAGUAGGGACUGCAUUUAAAUAAAUUGGGAAAAAAA